AAUACAUAACAAAAUAAUUAAUUGCUGUAAGAAAUCAGUGUUUUUUUUUAAUAAAUAUAACUUGAAGAUGUUUCCCGGUUCAGGUUAGUUUUCUGCGCAAAGUUCUGACAAAACGUUCUCAUUCUUUUCGGUGUCAAAUCUACCACCAAUCUGUCAGAUGAAAAAAACUCGUCUUAAAUAUCAAAAAUCCCACACAAACUAGUUCAAAAGUGCAAUUUGUUUUUUUAAUGAACAAUGAGAGUCCUUUUUAUAGUUUGUAUCAUCGUUGGAACAAAUAGUUUGUUGUUUGCGAAUGGAAAACAAUACAUGCGCUGUGAACUUUGCAAGGAACUCAUUCAAAAAUAUAAUUUUGAUAAAACUUUUCUCUCUAAUUGGAUUUGUAUGAUUGAACACGAGAGCGGAAGGGAUACUACAAAAGUCAGCAGGAAACCUAAUGGAAGUGCAAGCUAUGGUAUCUUUCAGAUAAACAGUAAGGGAUGGUGUACAAUAGGACGUAAGGGAGGCAUUUGCAAUACAAAGUGUGAAGAUUUUUUGAACGAUAACAUAACCGAUGAUGUUGCAUGUGCAAAGAAAAUUUACGCUCGGGAAGGAUUUCAACAUUGGAGUGGUUGGGUUAGAAAUUGUAAGAAACCAGAAAAUUUAAUAAAUCUAAGUGUGAUUUGUGGCAUUGAUGAUCUAUAAAUAAAAUGACAAAUUCGAUAGAAACAAGAAA